AUGGCUAAUCACUGCAUGGCGUCCGCGGAUAAUAUCUCCGAGCAGGAGUUCGCCGGCUUGCUUACCAAGUACGAUUCGUGUAUCGAGAUUAUUUCCGAGGAAAAGGGGUCAAGAGGGAACGAGAAGACCUUGGCGGACUUGGAUAGGUACCGUUAUGAGGAUGCCACGGCUGCCUUUGGGCGUGCAAAGCCUGAACGGCCAAUGGAACUUGACGACGUGAAGACCCUCGUCAGCUGGAAGCUUCGUCAUGGGAAGUUUCGGCCGACUUUGAUGAAGCUGGUAUCAUCAAACGACCCCGUCUUUGUGAAAGAGACUGUCCAAAACGCCCUCGACACGUACAAGAAGACGGCAGACGCACCGGCAGCCGUCGAUAUCUUGACUAAGCUGAAAGGAAUUGGGCCAGCUACAGCCUCUCUCCUGCUCGCCGUGCAUGAUCCCCAGCAUGUUAUAUUCUUCGCUGAUGAGGCAUACUAUUGGCUGUGUUGUGGCGGGAAGAAGGACCCGAUCAAGUACAAUGCAAAGGAGUACAAAGCCCUCAAUGAGCGUACUCGGGCGAUCUGCAAGAGGCUUGGAGCCAAGGCAGUGGAUGUGGAGCGAGUAGCCUUCGUCAUGCUGCGGCAAGAAGAUGCAACUGGUCCGCAACAGACCAAGGGUAAGCGCGAAAAAGUGGAAUCCGGCGGCGCUAUUGAGAAGCCAAAAGCUGGGCCGGCAAAGAGGAAGGUCAAUUCCGAUGACGCCGAGGGCAAAGCCCCUCUGAGGCGGCCUAUCAAUAUGCUCAUAACUCCACCACUCUCCCCACUGGUUGGGGCCAGAGACGUUCCCCAGGUGCGAGAUGCGAAGCCGUGUAAGAUGGAGUUUUUCUCACGGCAUGAGGCCAUAUCUCUGCAGCCGCGAUUCGCUAAGAUCAAGAGGGAUCUUGUCUCCGGGCACACCUCUGCGAUCACCGCAUCAUGGAAACGGCUGUUGCGGGAGCUGAGGAAGGAGAUCGAUCUGAUAUCUUCCAAAGGCUCUGAAGUCAUACCCACCAUCGACUUCGCAGACAUCGAUAAAUCCGCAUGUGCCGAGGACUUCUCCCGCCGCCUUCGGAGGCGGGGCGUUGGCGUCAUCCGCAAGGUUGUCCCGCGAGAAACAGCCGUCGCCUGGAAGCAGGAGACCCUCCGCUACCUGUCCGAGAACCCGCACACCAAAUCCUCGCCGCCCAACGCCCCCGAACUCUACGAGCUGUACUGGAGCCCCGCCCAGAUCAAGGCCCGCGCCCAUCCCAACGUCUUCGCCGCCCAGAGGUUCGCCAUGAGCCACUGGAAGUCCAGCGACCCGUCCGCCGCCGUGGCGACGCCCUUCCCCGUCGCGUACGCGGACCGGAUCCGGAUCCGGAGGCCGGGGAAUUCCGCGCCGCCGACCUCCGCCCACGCCGGCGGCGGCAGCGUGGAGCGGUGGGAGCCGGACGGGUACGGGCGUGCGGGCACGUACGCCAAGAUCUUCGACGGCGAGUGGGAGGAGUACGACCCCUGGGACGGCGCCGCGCGGGUCGGCGUCACCAGCGACCUGUACAACGGCGCGAGCAGCUGCAGCGUGUUCCGCAUGUUCGAGGGGUGGCUCGCCAUGAGCAGCAUCGCGCCCAGGGAGGGGGGUCUGCUGUUCUGCCCGACGCUGCAGGCCGCGACGGCCUACUUCCUUCUCCGGCCCUUCUUCUCGCCAAAGUCGCCGCCCGAGACCGCCGGCCGGGGCUUCCUCGACGCGGCCAACUGGACCCUGGACUCGCCGCAGAACAGCAUCCUGCACGGCGCCCUGCCGAGCUACGUGCAGGAGCUCAACGACCAGCUGCACCCGCACCUGCAGCUGGGCCGCAGCCUCGUCCGGGCUCCCGCCCUGCGGCCGGGGGACUACCUCGUCUGGCACCCGGACCUGGCCCACGCCGCCGACGGCCUGCACGAGGGCGCGCUGGACAGCGCCGCCAUGUACGUGCCGGCUUGCCCGCUGACGCAGACCAGCGCGCUGUACCUCUGCCGCCAGAGGAAGGCGUUCCUGCUCGGCCGCCCGGGCCCCGACUUCGGCUCCGGCCGCGGCGAGAGCGACCACGCGGGGCGCCCCGGGGUGCAGGAGGUGAACGAGGCAGGCGGCGAGGACGGACUGCGCGCCAUGGGCUUGCUGCCGUGGGACGAGGACGAGGCUGGGUCUGGGGCUGAGAGGGCGGUGCUAGCUAUGGCAAAUGGGAUCCUGUUUCCGGAUCGGUACAGCAUGAUAUAG